AUGGGUAUUAAGCAACUCUUUUCGAUCAUCAAGGAGGAAGCUCCAGAUUCGAUCAAGGAGGGCGAGAUCAAGAACCAGUUCGGCCGCAAGGUCGCCAUUGAUGCUUCAAUGAGUAUCUACAGUUUCCUCAUCGCCGUACGAUCCGAAGGCCAACAGCUCAUGAACGAGAGCGGCGAAACAACAUCGCAUCUCAUGGGCAUGUUCUACCGUACUCUGCGCAUGGUCGACAACGGAAUCAAGCCCCUCUACGUUUUCGAUGGUGCACCGCCCAAACUCAAAUCUGGCGAGUUGGCCAAGCGUUUCCAACGCAAGCAGGAAGCUACCGAAGGCCUUGAGGAGGCCAAGGAGACUGGUACAGCUGAAGACAUCGAGAAGUUCUCGCGGCGAACUGUCCGCGUCACUCGAGAGCAUAAUGCCGAAUGCCAGCGACUGCUCAAGCUCAUGGGCAUUCCUUACAUCAUCGCGCCCACUGAGGCUGAGGCCCAGUGUGCUGUCUUGGCCCAGGCUGGCAAGGUGUAUGCCGCCGCCAGUGAAGAUAUGGACACUCUUUGCUUCAACGCACCCAUUUUGCUGCGCCAUCUUACCUUCAGCGAACAGCGCAAAGAGCCUAUUCAGGAAAUUCACCUGGAGAAGGUCCUUGAGGGCCUUAACAUGGAGAGGAAGCAAUUUGUGGAUCUUUGUAUCCUGCUCGGCUGUGAUUACCUUGACCCAAUUCCCAAGGUCGGCCCCAGCACUGCCCUGAAGCUGAUCCGUGAGCAUGGCUCAUUGGAGAAGGUUGUCGAGGCGAUGGAGAAAGAUCCCAAGAAGAAGUACACUAUUCCUGAGGACUGGCCUUAUAAGGAUGCUCGGGAUCUAUUUUUCGAGCCUGAUGUGCGACAAGCCGACCACCCUGACUGCGAUUUCAAGUGGGACAAGCCCGACAUGGAAGGCCUUGUUCAGUUCCUCGUCACGGAGAAAGGAUUCUCGGAAGAUCGUGUUCGCAGUGGAGGUGCCCGACUGGAGAAGAAUCUCAAGAGCUCUCAACAAGCUCGACUUGAAGGUUUCUUCAAGCCUGUUCCCAAGACAGAUGCUGAGAAGGCAGCACACAAGCGAAAGCUGGAUGAAAAGAAUGAAGAGAAGCGAAAGAAGGCUAAGCAGGAGAAGAAGGACAAGGCUGCUUCUAAAGCCAAGCCUCGAGGUACCAAGUGA